AUGCCUGCUUUCCAUUUCAAUAUGAUUCCUCGACUUAUUGCUGCACUGACUGCUCUUACUGCGCUGCCUGUGGCGGCUAGCCCGGUUAAUCUAGUACGUCGAGGAACAGUUGGCAACGACGAAAUUGUCGGACUGCCCCAAACAGUUCCGUCCGGUGCCGUCGGCGACCUCUAUUUGGCCUACCAGCCAAAGCUAAAGGUCGUCAAUGGAUGCGUGCCUUUCCCGGGCGUGGAUGCAGCCGGAAACACCAACGAGGGUCUCAACCCAACAGGGAGCUCGAGUGGUGAAUGCAGUAAGAGCACAGGACAAAUAUAUGUGAGAUCCGCUACUUCGGGUGGCCACUAUGCCCUGAUGUAUUCCUGGUAUUUCCCCAAGGAUUCCCCUUCGACUGAACUCGGUCAUCGCCACGAUUGGGAAGGGGUUAUUAUCUGGCUCUCCGACAGCACAAGUACCUCUGCCUCGAACAUCCUGGCCGUUUGUCCAUCGGCACACGGUGAAUGGAAUUGCAGCACAAACGGCUAUACCCUUGAUGGCACUUCAGCUCUGAUCAAGUACGAAUCUGUUUGGCCGGUUAACCAUUCUCUCGGCCUGACUACUGCCGUGGGCGGCACACAGCCGUUGGUUGCCUGGGAGUCAAUGUCCACUGUCGUGCAAAAUGCUUUGGACACAACGGACUUUGGAUCAGGGAAUGUGCCCUUCAAAGAUGCCGAUUUUGCUGCCAACCUGGCAAAGGCGACAUUCUGA